AUGUAUAUGGACAAGAACAACUUCGCCGGAAGCCUUCCUGAUUCCAUUGGCAACAUGGUCUCUCUCAACGAGCUGUAUGUGCGCCGUCCGGCAUGUAUGUGCACUGUCCGGCAUGUAUGUGUGCUGCCGCCUGGCAUGUACGUGUGCUGCUGCCUGGCAUGUAUGUGUGCUGCUGCACGGCAUGUGUGUGUGCCGCCCGGCAUUUUCUACCAUCACCCCAUCUGCACCCCCUCCACAUCAUCCUCUCCCUCCUCUCCCUCCUCUCCCUCCUCUUCCUUCUCUCCCUCCUCUCCCUCUGCUCCUUUCGGUCCCUCCUCUCCCUCCGCUCCUUUCGGUCCCUCCUCUCCCUCUGCUCCCUCCUCUCCCUCCGCUCUCUCCUCUCUCUGCUCUCCCACCCUCACUGCAGGGUCUUGA